GGCGCGCGUCCGCGGCGGUGAUGGCGGUGCGUGAACGCGCGGCGGCAGCAAUGGCCGCUCUGGAGCGGCGGGUGCCGAGUCUCGAUGACUUCGCGGGACAGAGCUGGAGCUCGUGGGUGGAGCGGGCCGAGCUGCCCGCGGCCGACGGGGCUGAGUUGGAGGAGAGUAACAAAAACCUGAAGAAGUUGGAUGCCAUGACCCUCAUUAAAGAAGACAUGUCCAUCUUCGGGCACUGCCCUGCCCAUGACGACUUCUAUUUGGUUGUAUGUAACCAUUGCAGCCAAGUGGUGAAGCCUCAAGCUUUCCAGAAGCACUGCGAAAGAAGACAUGGGCCGCUCAGCAAGCUUUACGCCCGGGCCCCACCUCCACCUCCAGCCCCUGCCAGCUCUCAGAAAUGCCAUGUAGUGAACGGUCAGGGCCCAGCUUGUAGGGCCCCAGGUUCCACCAAAACCUCCUCCAGGGAGAAGGGCCAGGGGUCCCGGAGCCGUGGCCACCAGCCUCCUGAGAAGACCCAGAAGGACAACCUCUGCCUUUUCGUGCCUGUGGUGAAUCUGGAAAAGAUGUCCAGUCUCCCGAAGCCCGAUGGACACGGAAUCAGGGUGGCUCCACCCUCUGCUUUCCUCAGCCAGCCGGCUGGCCUCAGCAAGGACUCCCCUGGAAGAAACCCCAUGGCAUCCCCUUCUAAAGAACUUCCUGGCAGAGGGAGCAUCGAGAUAACCCCCAGCGAGGGCCCUAGUCACCGGGCUGAAGGCAGCCCGUCUGAAAAGGAGCCUGGUGGGGCCAGGCUGCCCCCUAAAACCCACCGGAAGAUGGCUCGGAAGGAGUGCGACCUCAACAGACAGUGUGGGGUAAUAAAUCCAGAGACCAAAAAGAUCUGUACCCGCCUGCUGACCUGCAAGAUCCACUCCGUGCACCAGCGCAGGGAAGUCCAGGGCCGAGCCAAGGACUUUGACGUGCUGGUGGCAGAGCUGAAGGCCAACUCCCGCAAAGGGGAGUCUCCCAAGGAGAAGAGCCCAGGGCGCAAGGAGGCAGCUCUUGAGCGCCCCUCCCAGGAGCCCCCCUCCUCAGUCCAGGUUGUGGCAGCAGUGGCUGCUCCCAGCAGCACCUUCUCUGCUCGUGCCAAGCAGACCUACCCAUACUGUGCACUGCCCAGGUCCCGGGCCUCCUCUGAGAGUGAGUUGGAUGAUGAAGGCCCCUGUGGUGGUGAUGGGGACCCAGGCCUGUUCCCCUUCCCCCUGCCCCGGGGUGGUGCCCAGGCCUCCAGCGAGGAGAGUGAGGAGGAGGGGACAUCUGAUGACCUCCACCUCCCCACUGACUGCCAUUAUGCAACCCGGCCCCCUCGGCCGCAGGCGUUCUGCACCUUUGGGAGCCGGCUGGUGAGUCCAGGAUGCUACGUGUUUAGCCGCCGGCUGGACCGGUUCUGCUCGGCACUCAGCUCUAUGCUGGAACGGCACCUCAGCUCACACAUGUGGAAGAAGAUCCCCCCGGCGGCUGAGCCUCCAUCCCACCUUGUCAGCUCCCCACCAUCUGCUCCCCUGAGCCCAUCCUCUAUGGGCAGCUGCCCCCGCCUUCCAGGCCCACCCCCCAGACCCGCCUGCCCAGCCUCCACGCCCCCCACCAAGGACAGCCUUGGCCCCGGCUACCCUGCAGGCUCCCCCAGCGUGGCAGCCGCCUGCAGCCAGGCGGAGUGCAUGGGCGGGAGCCAGGCCAUCACCUCACCACUGCCUGCCAACACACCUUCCCCAUCCUUCAGCAAGCUCCCACCUUCCAAGGCCAGCAAGUCAUCCAAAGGCAAGGACGGGCUUGAGGUGGAGGCUCCUUCUCGAAAGCGAAAGUUAUCCCCUGGGCCCACCACUUUCAAACGGACCUGCGUCCUGGAGCCCACUGGAAAAGGCAAACCCUCUGGCUGCCGGGGCCUCUCGGCCAAGACUAAAACAGCCCUGGGCAUGGGGCUGAAUGGGACGGUGGAGCCAAGAGUGAAGCGGGCAGGGCCCCUGGACUGUCGGGGUUCCCCUCAUCAGCCCCCCACGCCAGUCAAGGCGUCUCAGCUGGACAACCAGGGAGCGGCUGGACACCCGGCCAAGGCCCUGCCGACCAACUGCCUCUCUGAGGAGGAGGUAGCCAAGAAGCGGAAAAACCUGGCCACUUACUGCCGGCCAGUGAAGGCCAAGCACUGCCAGGCUGGUGCCCCUGCCGACGCGGCCUGCUCUGUGCGCCGCAAGAAGCCGGGUCCAGCCCUGGCCUUUGAGGAGAAGUGUUCUACACUGAAGAGGGAGCCGAGACUAACCCGGUGGCUGCGGAGAGGCAGUGGGAUCAUGGCGCACCUGGUCGCUUUGGGCUUCACCAUCUUUCUGACAGUGCUGUCCCGGCCAGGAACCAGUCUUUUCUCCUGGCACCCUGUAUUCAUGGCCUUGGCGUUCUGCCUCUGCACGUCUGAGGCCAUCCUACUCUUCUCGCCUGAGCACUCCGUGUUCUUCUUCUGCUCCCGAAAGGCCCGGAUCCGACUCCAUUGGGCGGGGCAGACCCUAGCCAUCCUCUGCGCAGCCCUGGGCCUGGGCUUUAUCAUCUCCAGCAGGACCCGCAGUGAGCUGCCCCACCUGGUGUCCUGGCACAGCUGGGUAGGGGCCCUGACAUUGCUGGCCACUAGCGUCCAGGCACUGUGUGGGCUCUGCCUCCUCUGUCCCCGGGCAGCCAGGGUCUCAAGGGUGGCUCGCCUCAAGCUCUACCAUCUGACAUGUGGACUGGUGAUCUACCUAAUGGCUACGGUCACAGUGCUCCUGGGUAUGCACUCAGUGUGGUUCCAGGCCCAGAUCAAAGGUGCAGCCUGGUACCUGUGCCUGGCGCUGCCCCUCCAUCCAGCCCUGGUAAUCAUGCACCAGAUCUCCAGCUUCUACUUGCCAAGGAAGAAAAUGGAAAUGUGAAUUCCUCCAGACUGUGAAUCAAAAUGGGACACUUGACUUGGACUUCAGUGGUUCCUCUGGUGACCUUCAGGGAUCCACUUCAGAAGUGGUAGGGUUUUUGUAUUUCUUAGCUGGGCUAGGGGCUGCAGAAACCCAAACUGCCGUUGCUGACAGAUGACUCAGUGGGCCAAAAUGGGGAAAUGUACGGGGCGCAAGUGAAAGGUGAUGGGGAGCUUGAUCCUGAAGCUUCCACUCUUGAUGGGAGACAGAAGUGUUGGGUGGUGGUGAUGGUGGUGGUGGUGCUGGCAGUCAUUUCUUGCUUGCAUGCCUGGUGAAAAGUUGGAUUCCUGCAACUUAUGAAUGACAGCUAUGGCUCUUUGGGUCACUUUGAGAAAGCAAUGUAGUGGAGAGAGCCAGUGGGUCUUGUUUAUGGGGUAUGGUCCUUGUACACUCUAUUGUGGGACCUUAUGCGAGUCACAUGUCUCAGGACCUCAGUUUCCUCAUCUGUGUAAUGAGUGAUUGUUUCUAAACAAUCUCUCUUAACAUUCAGUGUCUGUCAAGUUGAUGUCACAGAACACCCUCCCAGGUCUGAACCAUGGGCUUGCCCACUCAGCAGACUCAGGGUGUAAUUCUUACAUUCACUGUCUCCUUACCCCUCUGGAGGGACAGGUCUGCUCUCGUGGCCUUUCAGGAAUCUGUGCCGAUUUGGCCCCUGCACCAGGGGACAAGGGGUCAGGCACUAUGGAGAGAAGGGGCCCAGGUGAGGGUCUCCAGAACAUCAAGACAGUAAAGGCACUAAAGUCACUUUAAAACUUUUGGAGGAGCAAAAGGGCAUUGGCUUAACUAAGCCUUGGCUCUUGGCUGGGCUUCUUAGCCCAGCUAAGAACUUCCUUCAGCUCACUUCAGGAUCUGGGCUUGAGGGCUGCGAGACAUCCAUUCUCAGUGGCAAAGUAGUCCUGAGCAUCUCAUGUUUUGUCCUUCUUAGGGCUCAGGUCCUUGCCUUAGCACAUAGCUUCGUGGAGCUCUUCCGAAACUGUUAGAACAAAAUAAGAGUCAAGGAAAUGGGGCAGGGCUCUUCUGAUCUAAGAGAAAACAAAGUGUCUCUGGUUCCCCUUCUCUCCUCGUCAGCUAAGCUUUCCUCAAGUGUCGUCUCUUGCCAGCUCUUUGGCCCAGGAGGGGGCUGAAUUUGGUGCCAGCUGGCAAAUGAGGGCUGGGCUCUCUUCCCUGCAGAGACCCCUCCUUGUUCCAAACUGAAAGUAUCAGUAGUUCCCCAGACUGCCCUCGGUGAUAAGGGCUGGAUGCUAGAUUGGUUAACUGUCGUCUGGCUCAGUCGGGGAGCUGGGACCUCCGUAGGCCAUGGCAAAUACUGAGAAUGGCUGAGCCAGGAAAUUGGUGUUAAGGCUGGUAGAGAGAGUUCAGUGGGAACUCUGGGAGGCCUGUGGUGUAGGGCUUGGAGCUCUAGGUCCCGGGAGCAGGGGUAGGUGUUCCUAGAUAGCAAUAUUUUGGAUAUCUCAGGUCUUUAGAAGAUUCAAGACCUCCUCUCAGGGUGGCUCAGAAGCAGGGAGGUUGGUAUGAUUCAACAGUACAGGAGUGAGAACUGCAGGGGCAGAGGGGUCCUCUGAGCGGACCUCGCUAGGAUGCUUCCGGGUCAGGUGUCAUCUCCUAGGAGCCCUCCAGACCCUGAGCAUCUCAAGGGAGACCCCUGCUAUGCAGAGGGUGAUUGUUCCUGUCUUUUUCAUUGCCCUCUCUCCCCUCUCCAACUCCUCAGUGUGUCCUGAACUUGGGAGAGAUGGUUACUGGGGCUGCAUGGAGGAGAUUCUCACCGAGGGUCGCUUUGAUCAGGGAGUCCAUCUCCCCUUGCCCAGCACAGUCAGUGCUGGGAGUCUUACUCUGUCUAUAGCAGGGUAGGAAGGCUGGGUGGGGUUCACCAGCUUGCUCUGGGAGCCAAGCAGGCAACACCAUAAAGCCCGAGCCUGCCUGAGGUGUUGCCUCCUCCCAGGUGGUGCGGGGGCUGGUGAGCGGGCAGGCUGGCUGACAGCCGGCAGUUUGCGUGGGCAGUGCCAGCUGAUGUCUAUUCCCAGCCCUGGGAGGAAGGGGGAAGUCAUUUAUAUUCUGCAGGAGGAAGGGGUCCCAGCUGUCACUUCUCUGACCGGUAGGCCUCGGGGGGCAGAGGCACAGGGCAGAGAGGGGAGCACAGGUGGUCUCCUCCUGCUUAGCCAGUCUGAUUGCAGUAUAGGGAGGAGGUCGCCAGGAGGAGCCCUUCUUCCCAGCUGGCCAGAUUGUAGGGGGACUUCCCUCCGCUCCCCUCCUUUCUCCUUCCAUCACCACCUGCCCUCACAUCCUGGGGCAGCAGCUGGACAACCAUUAGACCUCAGUGCCAGGGCACUCUUCCUCCAGCUGGGAUCUCGGGGGCUGACGGCUGGCUGCAUAUGCCUCCUGCUUGUGUGUCUCCUCCUCCCUACACCCUCUAUCCCCCCACCUCCCUGUAUCUGCCCAUCUGGGGUAUUAUCUGGGCUCCUCAGGAGUGAGGCAGAGGCCUUGGGGGAGAAGCAAAUGGCUGCCCUUUUGCCCUUGUCCCCUAACUAGGGAAAGCUGCUAGUAGCCAGCCUGUUUUGCCUUUUUUAAAAAAAGCCAGGGUGUUCAAGUUUUUUAAAAAUUCUGUGUCAUUUGCACAAAUUUGCAUAUCAAGCUCACUAAGUCCUGAUUCCAAAUAUGAUUACAUUCAAACUCAGCCUUGAGGACAUUAGAAAUAUAGAUGCUUUUUGUAUCUAAAUCCAAAUGGUAAUAGGAUCACCAUUCUGGGUUCACAUACCACCCCGAAGCCCCCAUCUUUCCCAUAGCCACCACUUUCCCACCCCAACACUUCCCCCCGCCCUGCCCCUGGCUGGGGAGUGGUGUUGAGUGGCAGGAGCUCUGUCUGGGGAAGUCUCCCAGCCUCACCUUCUUGGCUUUUCAGCUGCAUCGAAGGUAGGCUGCUAUCUCUUGCCAGCCUCUGCCUCCUCUGGCCGCACCCUCUCACAGGGCAGACUACCUCUCCCCACUCCUUGACACUGGCCUGUCCCUUCCUUCUCAUCGUCCCCACCCUUCCACCCCUGGGCAUGGCUGCUAUGGGUCUUGUUUUUAAAACCUCACUGUGGGAGAUCCAGGCAUUCUCCCUGAGCCAGCUGGCUGCUAUGCCAAGGCCCGUUCAGAGUUAAUAAUAAUCAUUAGCUGAACAGUGCUGGGGCCUUUCAGCUCCAGAUCUCUAAGCACUUGCAGGCUGAGUCAGCCAGCCCUCACCUUCCCCCUCUUCUUGGGCUGCAGAGAGAGGAGGGGUCAGAAGUCUCACCUCCCAGCCAAGCCUUAUCCUUCCUCUGGGAGCGGGCCCUGAGCAUCCUCUGAGUAAACUAAUAAGGCCUUUUCACCUGACAAAGGCCAAGAUGUAGGGAACGUAGUGCAUGCUCCACUGACACUGGUAGUGGUGGCUGUUGACAUUGAACCUCUAGUACUCCUGCCCUUCCUUCUGUUGACCUGUCUUGGCCUCCAGGGGACACCCCUGACUCCCUCAACAUUUCUGGUGGGCCUCUGCAGGCUUAGGGAGCAGGGAGGCGUCUGGUUCAGUGCUCCCGCUGCCCCUGCGUCUGGUUGGCAUAAAGAGCCUACAUAUCAUGAAGUGAAAAGUGAAUCGACCUGGGAGCUAGGAAACCUGCAGUCUGGGUUAACCCAGCUCCUAACACUGGUGUGGCCACAGGCAAAUCACUUACUGCUUGACCUAUCUCACAGGGAUGUUGUGAGCGCUAGAUGACAGAAUGCAUGUUAACAGGCAUUGGGAAGUUCAAAGCAUUAAACAGAUGUAAACAGGU